AUGGGGCGAAGACAAGCCGUACAUGCGGGUGCCGGUGGGAAAGCAGGAGAUGCGAAGACGACUGAAGUCACCACAACGGGAGGCGCUUCAGUGCAGCAGCAAGGAGAAGAAACUGCGGGCGUGCAGGAGGUUAUCAAUCGAUUUGUGACACUCGACUUCUUGCACAAGGAGCGGCAGCUCUCGAAGAAGGACGCCGUGGCACUGGUGGCCUUCGUCGAGCACGUCGUCGAGUCCUGCCCCGAGAACCCAUCGUCACCAGCCUUCACGCCGUCGUUGUCGCCUCGUCGGGCCGACGCCGAGAAGGCCUUCCGCCGCAAGGCGUGGGAGUUCCUCUCCCAGCCCCGCCACGCCCGCCUCCUGCACCGGGAGUGCGCCGACGGCCUCGCCGCCUGCUACAUCAGCCUCUCCGCCCACAUCCCCUGGAAGCAGCUUUCCAGGCAGAUUCUCUUCAUGGCACUCAACCUCCUGGCUGCUGCUGUUGACGAAGGGCCGAUUGAGAUCCUGGAGUUGAGUAAGUACUGGAGCGAGAAGAAGAGUGACGAGAAGCCCCAGUCAAGGCACCAGAAGAAGGAGGCGCUGCGCGUGCGAGAGGACUACUUGGGCGCCACCUACGGCUGGAACGCCCUCGAGCGAGUCGACCCCAACUUCACGGGAGGGCCGAUUGAGAUCCUGGAGUUGAGUAAGUACUGGAGCGAGAAGAAGAGUGACGAGAAGCCCCAAAGGAAGGAGGCGCUGCGCGUGCGAGAGGACUACUUGGGCGCCACCUACGGCUGGAACGCCCUCGAGCGAGUCGACCCCAACUUCACGGGAGGCACGUCGGGCGCGGGGCGGUGGCUCAUGCCCAUCCUCAUAUUCCUCAUCCUCUCCAACGUGGUCGUCUUCCUCUGGGGCAAUGGCUACAUUCACGUGUGA